AUUGGUGAUAUUAAUCCUAGCUGUCCUUGUCAUUGGCCUGUUUAUGUGGAGGACGGGCAAGAUGGUGGCGUUGAUCAAUCGACGUCAGAGCAGACACAAAGGACGUCAGAAUCCCAACACUCAGAAAAUCUACAAUAACCUUCAGAGACCUCGGAAGGGCACAGUGUCCUAUCAUAACAAAACAUAUGAAGUUGACGACGACAUCUAUGUGUACGGCAGCAUGUCGUUCACGGCGGAGCAGCCUUGGUAUAUCCCCAAGGACAAUCUGACGUUGAUGGAGGAGAUUCACACUGGCAGAUUUGCACGGAUUUACAAGGCGUCUCACAAGACUGGCAAAACAUCGAGCGAGAUGGCAGCCAAAGUGUUGAAAAAAACACCAGAUGAAGAAAACAGUUUACUGAUGAUGGCCAAAAUCAACUUUGCUGCAACACAGGUCGGGGAACAUCGCAACGUUCUGGGAUUUCGGGGCGCUAUUCUCAACAACGAUGCUCUGGGACCUGUGCUGGUGUUAGAGUACUGCGAGAACGGACAAAUGGACAAAUGGCUGAGAGACCACAGAGACAAUGUCAACGUGGACACCUUGGAGAGGAUUCAGAGCUUUGGAUUGGGUAUUGCCAGAGGAAUGGAAUACCUGGCCAUUAAAGGGAUAUGUCACGGCGCGUGCUGAUCUCCUGAAUAAGCU